AUGAAAUUUCAACGUGAUUUCUACUGUGGCUGUUGUCCAACUUACACAAAACGGGUGCAUCCAUCAUCAAAAAACAACGAUAAUAUGAAUUAUCUUCAAAUACCACCGAAAACUACAAUUUCGUCCACGCCAAAAGCCAAAAUUGGUUUAGCUCGUGGACGUUCAUUAAUGGACUGGAUUCGUUAUAUGACAAAUACACCGAAUAUUUCAGGAACAAAUGGAAAGUUAUUGCAAGUGACGCAGGAGGAAUUAUGCAAUCAUAAUACACAAAAGGAUUGUUGGAUAGCAAUACAUGGCAAUGUAUAUAAUAUAACUCCAUAUUUGGAAUAUCAUCCCGGUGGAAUUGACGAAAUUAUGAGAGAUGGAACAGUAUUAUUUCAAGAGGUUCAUCCAUGGGUGAACUAUUCGAAUAUGUUGGAAAAAUGUCUUGUUGGACGAUUAAUUAAACCAAGACAUGACCAACUUGACGAAAAAACAAAAGCAUUAAAUAUCCAAGGUACAACGGCUAAUGUAGAACGUUUAUCAUUUGAUUUUUUUCAAAAUGAGCAGACAGUAACUCUAUGUAUUUAUACAUCGAAAACAAAUUUUUUAACAUACCAAGAUAUUAUUAUUCUGUUAAAUAAAGCCACAACAUUUAUAUCAUUCAUUUAUAUCGAUGAUAUUAUACAUACAAUCAUGGUAGAAUUAUUUGAACCUGUUACAACGGACUUUAAUAUUCGUAUUGCCACAGAAAAAGGUCGAAUAGAAAUUGAACUGAAAAAAGUGCAACAUAAAAUAUGGAAAAUGAUUGGUAACUUUACAGAUAAACAUUUGUCAUAUUGUAAUAUUAAAAAUUUUGAUCCUUUAUAUUUCUCGGUGACAUUGAUGGAACGUCAACAAAUAACACACGAUACUUACUGGCUAAAAUUUUCAUUACAAAAUGGUAUACACAUGCAUCCUCCAAUUGGUUAUCAUAUACGUUUAAAAUUGAAUAAAAAUGAUGUGUCACUCGUUAAGCCAUAUACGAUUAUUGGACCACUGGAAGGUAAAUUACGACGAGAUGAAAAAGUUAUUGAUCUACUAGUCAAAUAUUAUUCAGAUGGAAAUUUUACUCCACUUUUGAAAACGCUGGAAAUAGGUGAACAGGCUGAAAUGAGUGUAUUCGAAGGCAAUUUUGAUGUGUAUCGAUUAGAAACAUGUAAAAUAUUAAUAUUGAUCGCUGCUGGUACUGGUUUCUCACCCAUGAUGCGUAUCAUCAAUAAUUCAUUUGGAGAAACAAAGCAAAAUCUAAAAAAUGUCGUUCUAUUAUUUUUUAAUAAAACUCAAAAUGAUAUUUUAUUUCGUAAAGAAUUGACUUCUCUGAGUCAAAAAAAUAAGAAUAAAUUCAUCUAUCAUAAUAUUCUAUCGAGACCAGAUUCAACAUGGACGGGAGAAACGGGUUAUGUGAGGGGCGAAUUAUUAAAAAGAUUACUUCCAAAACAUGAUAAGAAAGAUCAAACACUUAUAUGUAUAUGUGGACCAUUAGCAUUUACAAAAUUAGCAGCGACUGAUUUGAGAGCCAUUGGCUAUAGUGACGAUGAAAUGCAUCAAUUUUUGGCAUAA